UGGACACCAGCGGGGGUGGGGUGUCACUGAUCUCCCGGCUGGGAGUCCCCGCAUCCAUCCCAGGGGGUCCCAGAGCCAGACCCAGGCCAGAGAGACCAGGAGCCCUCGCCCGGCACUGAAAUGCGGCUGACUCUGGGGAGGGGCAGCCGGGUAACUGCCACAUAGAACAGCUUCAAAUGGGGCUGGCUCCUCCGCCCCCGAGAUGCAGCCACCUCUGGGGCGGGCAAGCGGGUACCAGCCGCACAGAACACCCAGCCAGGGGGGUUGGGACAGGAAGUGAAGGCGACUUGUGGGUGGGUCUCCCCGCCCCCGCCCGCCUCUGUCUCCAUCCCUGGUUCAUUCAUAAAUACAGCCAGCCCCUCCCCCCGCGCUCCGCCGCCCCCCCGCAGCCGGGGAGGGCGGAUCCAGAGGCGGGGACCCCCCCCGCUCGGAGCGAUGCGGACCCUGCGCUGGCUGGCGGCCCUGGCUGCUCUCCUGGGGCUGGGGCUGGCCCCGGGGGCCGGUGGGGAGGCAGGCCCGGCUGCGACGUGCCCGCCGAGGAUCCGGCUGAAUUGCCUCCUACAGCGGCGUAAGGGCUGCGGCCCCGGGGGGAUCCGGAGCUGUGGCCCCUGCAUCCGCCCCUACCAUGAGGACCCCGGUGGGAACUGCGUCCUCGAGGCGCCGCAUAGGAACGACGACGGAGCCAAGGCCGACUCGGGACGCAGCGACCUGGCCACCCUCAUCCGCUCCCUGGUGGCCAAAAAACAGAAGGGAUCCAGGACCCCUGGGACCGAGACCCCCCAGCACGCUGGCUCCAUGGGGAUUGAGCCCCAGGUUCCUUCGGUCACCGAGACCCCCCCUACAUCUCCCCCUCCCCCCACCACUCCCCCCUCCGCCAAGAUGCCCGGCUCCAGCCCCCCCCGGCCGGAGGAAGACCUGAACUCGGGUCCCCCGGAUUCCCGGCUCAAUGAGGCCGUGUCUCUGCUGCUGGUGUUGAUGUGCUCGGUGACCGGGGUCUCAGGGCUGCUGGUGGCUGCCCUCUGCUGGUACAGGAACCCCCCAAAGCCCGUCCAGCAGCUCUCGACGGAGUCGGAGACUGAGAACGGGGACUUCACGGUGUACGAAUGUCCCGGACUGGCACCGAGUGGGGAGAUGGAAAUCCACAACCCACUCUUCAAUACGGCGUCCGCCCGGCAGCGCUGCCCCCCCUAACCCUGCCCCCCUGCCCCCGCCAUUCAGCCCCCCUCCCCCGGAGCAGCACAGCGCCCCCUGGUGGAGACAUGGGGGGGAGGUGGAUCUGCUCAGAUUUUGGCAACAUCUUCCCCAAGAACCCGCCCCCCCAGAAAACUCGGGGGGGGGGAGGUUAAAGGUGAAGGGUCAUCACUCUGAUGCAGGGACCCCCUAUUUCUCCCCUGCUCUCUACCCUCCCUGCAGACCCAUCUGUCCAGAGCAUGGUUCCUUUCAGGGGGCAGAGGCUGUGCUAUGGGGCUGGUCCAUAUGGGGAGGGAUAUUGACUGGGGAGAACUAUACAAGGUAGGAACCAUAGGAGGGUCUUAGUGAGUUCAGGAGUUGGGGGGGAUUGCAUUUGGGGUGACACCAAGAGAAAAUUGACCAGGGGGCCCAUAUAGAAGGAUACUGACUGAGACUAAAGAGUGUGCGUGUCGGGGGGGGGGGGGGAGAGCUCUGUGCGGCAGACACCAGGGGUUCCCCUCACCCCCGCACAGCCCACUCCCAGCAGGCCAAGGAGGGGGCUGGUGGGUACCAUGAGAUCAGGAGUGACACCAGGAGACAGCCAGGGUGGCCUAUAUAAGGGGUAUAUUGACUGGGGGAACCUAAACAGGGUGGGAACCAAAGUUGGCGUCCUGCUGGGAUGAGGGCAGCUGGGAGUGGGGGACAAGUAUUGAAGUGACACCCCAGGGCGAUAUUGACCAGCAGGCUAGUGGCUGGGGUGGGAAUCAUGGGAGGAGUCAUAGACUCAGAGGGGACAGGGACUUAGGGGGACCCAUAUUGAGGUGACACCAAGUCCCCCCACCCACCCGACGGUAGUUUGACCAGGGGGUCGAUAUAGGGGGAUACGGACCAGGAACCGCCCCUCCCCCAUACACUCCUCUUCCCCCUAAGGCCAAGCGAGCAGAGAAUUGGAAGAUCCUGGCCGGGUGCACCACGGCCCCGCGGCGUCAUGCGUGUGCUGGCGUCUGGCCACGCGUGGCCCUGACCCUGGCGUGUGACCGAAUGGCCGCGCGCGGCCGGCCGGGGUUCCCUCAUCCGUGACGCCCCGGGCGUCGGGCUCACACGCGGGUCACAGCCGCGCUCAGUCCCGUGGCUGUCAGGGCUCCGGGUUCCCGGCGGCUCCCACGCCCCGGGCUGCUGGCGGGGAAACAGGGGGCAGGUCUGAGCCCCCCAGCAGGGGGCGCUGACACAAACACACUCUGGUCCAUACCAGGUUCCCAGGGGAGAUCAGAGGGAGAUGCUAGAGGCCCCCUGCUCCCCGCCUGCCCAGCUGCCCCCCCACAUACUGCUCCCUGCCAUGCUGCUCCCCUCCCCCUCUGCCCCCCCAGUUUCCCACCUAUUUAUUCAACCCUCCAACUUGGAAUAAAAGAGAAAAGCAAAAGAGAUGAAGGCGUCUGUGAGUCUCGGACACCGGGCCUGGCCCCUCUAGGGGGUGCUGGCUCUGAUCUGGGGGGGACACAGCCGUGGGGCUGCCAGUGGGCUGCGGUCCCAUCUCCUGGGCUGCAGGACAAAGGGCUGGGCCAUGGGGCAGCUGACUGGGGCAGGAUGCGAGACAUGGAGCCUAUGCCCCAUAACCCCCCAUUCCCGGUCAUGUGACCCUGAGAUUUGGGGAACCCCCCACGUCCUUCGCCAGGGCCCCCCGCAACCACCGAAGUCUCUUAGGCAUCUCUUCUAUCAACAUCCCCCUGAAAUAUCUGCCACCCUGGAUCCUAGCCAGGGCUCCCCUGCUAGAAAGGACCCCCCCAGACUCACCAGCC